AUGGUACAGAGCAAGGCUAACAAAAAGAAGAAUCAGGCUCACAAGGUUGGCAAGUCUAAACGGAAGCCAACGUUGAAACAAAAACUUCAAAAGGAAUCUAAAGUUGUCAAGAUAAAUGAUCUAGCAUGGAAACCAGUGGAGAUACCAGAUAAUAUGGGUGAUUAUGGUGGAUUCUUUGGACUAGAAGAAAUAAGUGGAGUUGAUGUAGAGGUUAUAGAUGGGAAACCUCAAUUAGUCAUGAGAGAGGACAAAACAGAAAAAUCCUCUACUGAGAAGUCAAAGGUUCUUAGCAAGAAGCUAGCUGAGGUAACUAGUGAGAAUGAGGAGGAAGAGGAGGAGGAAGAGGAAGAGGAGGAGGAGGAGGAGGAGGAGGAGGAGGAAUUCACCGGAUUUGAAGAUGAGUAUGACGACAAGACAAAGGAAAAUGGGAAUCCCACAUCAUCUUUUGAAGAUGAUGAGCUUCGGUAUAAUGCCUUUGCAAAUUUAGAUCUACCGUUACCUGACGAUAACGAAAUCAACUUGCCUGAAUGGGGAGAGUCUGAGCUCAACACAACAUUAAGCCCCUACAUUUUGAAUGGAUUAUCUCAUUUGAAUUUCACGAGACCUACGCCUAUUCAAAAGCAAACAAUACCAUUGGCCAUAAUAGGCAAGGAUAUAGUAGGUAAAGCCACCACAGGUUCGGGAAAAACAUUAGCAUACGGAAUACCAAUACUCGAGAAAUACAUACAAUCAUUGGAUAAAGUCAAGGAAAAUAUCAGGAAUAAAAAGAUAAAUCAUCCAACAGGUAUCAUCUUCACUCCAACUAGAGAAUUGGCACAUCAAGUUGUUGAUCAUUUGAACAAGCUAGCACAGUACUCUCCACUUUCCACCAAGGGUAUAGUCAGCGUUACAGGGGGACUAUCAAUACAGAAGCAGCAAAGGUUACUACAAUUUGGACCAGGUAUAAUUGUUGCUACUCCUGGACGUAUGCUAGAGUUAUGUCAAAAUGAUCAAGAAUUGGUGAGAAGAUUAAGCUUGACAGAUACAAUUGUAUUAGAUGAAGCAGAUCGUUUAUUACAAGAUGGACAUUUCGAUGAGUUUGACAAAAUAUUGGAGUUGUUUAACAAGACAAGACCAAGAAAUGAAAAGGGUAUGGAAUGGAAAUGGCAAACCUUGGUUUUCAGCGCCACUUUCUCAAGAGAUUUAUUCGGGAAAUUGGAUAAACAACAAAAGAAUAAAAAACGCAUCAAUGAGAAUUCCUUGGUACAGAACGAGGAGAUUGUAGAGCUAUUGAAUGAAAAACUAAAAUUCAAAGAUAAGAAACCGGCAUUAAUAGAUGCAAAUCCAAAGGAGAUUGUCUCUGGUCAAAUCACUGAAGCGUUGGUUGAAUGUGGUUUCCUUGAGCGUGACUUGUACUUGUACUAUUUUAUAUUGAUGUAUAAAGGGUCUACAUUGGUGUUUGCAAAUUCAAUUGAUUCGGUAAAGAGACUAGUGCCAUUCUUAAACAAUUUGAAAAUACCAGCUUUUGCAAUACAUUCAUCAAUGAUUCAGAAACAGAGAUUGAGAUCAUUGGAGAAAUUCAGAGAAGCAAGUGAAAAGAAUCAGACUGCUGUUUUAGUGGCAUCGGAUGUUGCUGCUAGGGGAUUAGAUAUACCCAACAUCGAUCAUGUGGCACAUUACCACUUGCCAAGGUCUGCAGAUGUCUACAUUCAUAGAUCUGGAAGAACAGCUAGAGCAGGAAAAGAAGGUGUCUCGGUUAUGUUUUGCUCCCCUCAAGAAGCAUCAGGACCUUUGAAAAAGUUGCGCAAACUAGUUGCUAGCAACGCUUCUAGUAAAAAUAGCAACAAGAUCAAUGUGCAUAGUGAUGUAACAUUACUCCCUAUUGAAAUGGAUAUACUUUCUCAGUUGAAACCAAGAGUGGAAUUAGCAUCACGACUAGCUAAUGCAAGUAUUGCAUCAACAGCAACAAGAAAAGAAGGUUCAUGGAUUAAACAAGCAGCGGAAGAGUUGGGCGUCGAUGACCUACACGAUCUUGAUGAUUUUGAAGAUGAUAUCAUAAAGAAACAGAGGAAAAGACAGGAAGGUAAACUGUUGACAAAAGAAGAACAAAAGAGACUUCGAUACGAAUUAAAAGAGUUGUUUGCAACUCCAAUUCGGAAAAGUAGUAGGCGGUCAUAUAUCACUAGCGGCUUACAAAACUUGGCUCAUCAAAUAGUUCAGGGAAACCAUCAUGAGGAUGUUCUUGGUUACAAGAAAGUAAACGCCUUAAAUGAUUUACAAAAGAAUGGGAAAAAGUUUAAACCUGUCAAGAAUGAUAAAAUUGCAAAGAUUGCCAAAAUCAAUGAAAGGAAAAAGAGCAAAAAGGAUGCCAAAAGGGAAGCUAAACGAAAACAAGUAGAACCUUUAGUCAAAGAUAUGUAG